AUGACUCUGCUGGACUUGUGGCUGUCACGCUCCAUCCCCAUGUGCCUGCUCCUUCAGAGCCUUGUCCUAAUGGCCUUGUGCUUUCCCUCGGCCAGCAUGUGUCCAAAAGGCUGCAUAUGCCAACGCGACCCCCACCUCCAUGGCUUCAAUGUUACCUGCAGUCAGUCCCGCCUCAAAGAGAUUCCUCCCAGUCUGCCAGUGGACACUGUCCUGCUGAGGCUGGACCACAACCAGAUAGGCGGUGUGCCCGAUCUGGCCUUCCACGGACUUAGGCUUUUGAGGGAGCUCAACCUUUCUUACAAUGCAGUGGAGACUUUAGGGGAAGGUGCCUUCAGUGGCAUAGAGGCAACUUUACAGGUGCUGGACCUUUCUCACAACCGCAUCACUAGCGUACACAAGGAUGCCUUUGCUCGACUGAAGGCCCGGAUCAUUGUAGAUGAUAACCCUUGGCAUUGUGACUGCGCCCUUCAGCAGGCCAUUGGAGGAAUGGCCCAUAACCACGAGGCCGCUGCCCGGGUUCUCUGUAGGAGCUCGGAACUCCAUGAUCAGGAAGGACAACCCUUCUUGGCAGUUGACACAGACCUCUGUAACUUGGCAAAAAGGACCACAGAUUAUGCUAUGCUUGUAACCAUGUUUGGUUGGUUUGCUAUGGUCAUUUCUUAUGUGGUGUAUUAUGUUCGUCAGAACCAGGAGGCCGCCCGACGACAUUUGGAGUACCUCAAGUCUCUCCCCAGUAAGCCGAAGAAAGCAGACGAGACUGAUGACAUAAGCACUGUUGUCUGACAGCAGUGUUCCCAUGACUACGUCCGCCAAAAACCCAAUGAACACCAAAAUGUUUAUGUAACAGGACCUACGUUUCUAGUGUUUACUAUACCAAACUUUUACGUAAUGUGAGCAUCAAAAUAUUUGUAUUUUGGAGGUUUUGUUGUAUGUCUUUAUCAGGGUUUGUUCACGACUGAGAUGAAAGGGGAGGCCACACCAAGAUUUU